AAUGAACCAAGUCAUUCAUAUAAGAUUCCAGGCCAUGUAUUAAAUAAAAUGAUUUUAAGCCAUUAUAUCUAUUCUAUACGCGAUAAAACUAUGUGGUAAUUCACGGAUGUUUGCUAAAAUGCCAUGAAUAAUAUCAUUUAUUAUUUUACAUUUCAAAAUCAUUCUCAUUCAAUCCUUUUUACUGUCACUUCGCAUGCGUCAAAAUUUAAUUUAUCAUGGCACUAAUUAAAAUUUUUCAAACAUAUUAAAAUAUUAAAUAUCAUUGUAAUCCAAUCAUAAAAAUAUUUUAUUGAAUGAUAAAAGCAAUUUUUUGAAAGAAGUGGUUGCAAGAAUCAUUGGGUAAGCAAGUUUCUUUUAAUAAUUAAGUAGGUAUGUUGCAAAGUAUUAACAAGUUUUUUACAUUGUCUAGAAGAAUGACUAGCAUACAUGCAGGAAAUAUUCAGGAAAUUUACGAAAUGCCUCUUUCUGCGAUUAUAAGACCAAUUCCACCUGAAUUAGACAACAAGAAAGUAAAAUCUUUGAUGGAUGCUCUUUCAGAUCCAGAGCAAGUUUACAAAGUACCUCCUAUUGAUGUUUUGUGGAUUACUGGACGUGAAGGGGGUAAUUACUAUUAUAGUUUUGGUGGUUGUCAUAGAUAUGCAGCGCAUAAAAGACUUAAUAUGGAUAUGAUAAGAGUUAAGCUUAUAAAAUCAAAUAUUGAUAAUUUAAGGUAUUAUUUAGGGUCUAGUACACCUGAUCUAAAGUAAAAUCUAUUGUGAUACUUAUUAAUCUAUUGUGGGAGCACUCACUAUUGUUUUUUGUAUAUUGUUAUAGUUUAUCUAUAUUUUUAAUGAAUAAAUGUUAAACUAA